AUGCCGGCCCCGCUUGCCGUCCACUUAACCUUUGUUGCGAUUUUCUGGUUAUGCAUAAAUGCAGACGAUACAUUAUCCGCAGCGGCUCGGCCUAGCAAUGGAACGGUGGAACCACCAGACACUCGCUCUGCUAUUGGCCGAGUUCCACCUUAUCAACCACCUGCUAACGGGGUUCCGGGAAUGCAAUUGCCUGGUUUUAGACCCCACAGCCCAUAUACUCGAGUUGACGCCUGGCAUCCUAAUGGACGUAUUCACGCAAAUCCAAAAGGACUUUAUGUGGUCGCUGAUGACAUAGAGGACGACGCACAUGAUGGUGGAUGCCAUAUACCUUGUUCGAAGGAAUUUUUCACGUGUCAGGAAACGUGCAAAUGCAUAACAAUGGAUAAACGUUGCGACGGUAAAGUGGAUUGUGAAGGAUCAGAAGAUGAAGUAGGAUGUACGCCAUCUUGCGACGAACACGAAAAUCGUACUGUUUGCCAUUCAACCAGCGUAUGCAUAGCUCUCGAGUGGAUAUGUGAUGGAGAUAAUGACUGUGGUGACUUCUCUGAUGAGUCUCAAUGCGGCGGUGACAACUGUUCAUCAGAAGAAUUCCAAUGCAAUAAUGGACUUUGCAUCCAUACGGAGUGGCUCUGUGACGGCGACAACGACUGCCGAGACAACAGCGAUGAACUGAACUGUCCUAAGGGCAAGUGUCGUGAUAAUCAGUUUACGUGUGCAUCCGGUGAAUGUCUGGCGAUUCACUGGCGAUGCGACAAAGAAGCUGACUGCCCUGAUAACUCUGACGAAGCCGAUUGCCCUGUAGACCUUCUUCAAUGUGGUGAAAACGAAAUACAAUGCAACAAUAAGAAUUGUGUACGCAAAGAUUUUCAAUGCGACGGUGACAAUGACUGUGAGGACUGGACAGAUGAGGAUUCCUGUCCUAUUGUUCCUGGAAGUUGUAAUUCAGCUGAAUUCAAAUGCAGUGAUGGCAAGUGCAUCCCUGAUCGUUGGCGCUGCGACAUGGAGCGCGACUGCUCAGAUGGCGAUGACGAGCUCAAUUGCGAUCCACACGGAAUCCGCAACUGCACGUCUGAUGAGUACUCCUGUCUUGACCGACGUUGCAUAUCAAAAACUUGGCUUUGUGACGGCGUUCGUGACUGUACUAACGGCGAAGACGAAAAAGAUUGUCAAGUGUUUUGUGAAGAAGAUCAGUACAUGUGCAAAUCUGUCGUGCGUGACGCGUUCAGAAACUGCGUUAAUAGAAAACAUGUUUGCGAUGGCAUGAACGAUUGUCCUCAAGGAGAUGACGAACAGAAAUGUCCAACCAAGAGGGCAUGUGACCACGAUGAUUUAUGUGAGAAGACAUGCAUUACGACGUUUGAGGGUUCUCCGGGCUGUGCCUGUCCAGUGGGAUACUUGUUAGACGAUGAUGGCUUUGGUUGCCGAGAUGUGGAUGAGUGUAUGUACGAACAAGACCCGGUAUGCUCGCAGACGUGUUCCAAUAUUCCAGGAAGCUUUUUCUGCGGUUGUAUGACAGGAUAUGUUCUUCGACCAGACAAAAGAUCUUGUAAAGCAACUGGGGAAUCUCCUACGCUUCUAUUUUCAAAUAGAGUUGGUAUUCGCCAGGUCUGGCUCACUGGAGAUAAUUACAUGUCAAUUUUAAAGGGACUACACAAUGCAGUGGCUUUAGAUUAUCAUUACGAAAAGAAAUUAGUGUUUUGGACUGAAAAUAAUAUGAAAGUUAUACGGGUUGCCCCAAUGGACAGUAACAAUAUGUCAGAUGUAAUUCAUUGGGGACUAGAAACACCCGGAGGUGUAGCUGUGGACUGGAUCCAUGAUCUCUUAUUCUGGACGGACUCAGGCACGAGACGUGUGGAAGUAGCUACAUUAGACGGGUCACAAAGAGCUGUAUUGGCUGCUAGUGAUGUUGAUAAACCAAGGGCUAUUGUCGUUCAUCCUGGAGAUGCAAUUUUGUUUUGGACUGAUUGGGGCCCUAAUCCGAAAAUAGAGCGUUCAGAUAUGGACGGAAGUAACAGAAAGAGUGUAAUUGUUAAUGAGAUAUUUUGGCCUAACGGAUUGACUAUUGAUUACAUGGAUUCUAAAAUAUACUGGGCUGAUGCUAAGCACCAUGUUAUCGAGCGCGCUACGUUUGAUGGACGAGAUAGGAAGCGUAUAACGAAUAAAGGGUUACCCCAUCCAUUUGCAUUGACAUUAUUCGAAGACGCAAUAUAUUGGACCGACUGGCACACUAAAAGCAUAUCAACUGUGAACAAAGAAACUGGUAUGGCAAUGCAGACUGUUCAUGCGAGUUUGCAUGUCCCUAUGGAUAUAAAAAGUUAUCAUCCAUUGCGUCAACUGCGAACGUAUAAGAAUCGAUGCGCAACCAACAACGGGGGCUGCACACAUUUGUGUCUACCCAACUCGAACGGAUAUUCCUGUCGUUGUCAUAUCGGUUUCAACUUAGGUCCUGAUAGUCGUACAUGUGAAGAAACGCCAGAAAAAUUACUUCUGUACGCGCGACGUAAGGACAUAAGAUUAAAGCCAUUGCAGACACGAAAACAAAUGGACUCCUUGGAUAUGGUCAUUCCUGUGCAAAAUAUCAAGUCCGCCGUAGCACUGGACUGGGAUCACAAUAGUAAUUCAAUAUUCUGGACUGACGUGGAAAAAGAUACAAUUAAUAAGGCCUAUUUGAAUGGAUCUCAACAAGUUGUUGUUGUAGGCUCAAAUUUGAUUUCGCCAGCUGGCCUUGCUUACGAUUGGUUAACGAAUAAACUCUAUUGGACCGAUGCUGGUACUAACAGGAUUGAGGUAGCUAAUGCUAAUGGUACAAUGAGGACUUUACUGGCUUGGGAAAAUAUUGACAAGCCUAGAGACAUAGUAUUAGACCCUAAAGGCGGCCUUAUGUAUUGGUCUGAUUGGGGCGCGGCACCCUGUAUUGAACGCGCUGAUAUGGACGGAGGAAACAGAAAACGACUCAUCUUCGGUAACAUGACUUGGCCCAAUGGUCUGGCUUUAGAUUUGGUCAACAAUAAAAUUUACUGGACGGACGGUGGAAACCGGACUAUUGAAUACGCCAAUCUCGAUGGUACUGGAAGAACUGUUCUGAUCGGCCAACACCUGCCGCAUCCGUUUGGAUUAGAUUUAUACGGAGAUGAAGUAUUUUGGACUGAUUGGGAUACACAGUCGAUUCAAGCAGCUAACAAAUUUACUGGAAAAAAUCGACGUACCCUUGGCGCUGGAGUCGAAGGGCUCAUGGACGUGAGAGUUUUUCAUAAGGAAAGACGAGGAGGCUUUCACAGAUGUAGCAAAAACAAUGGCGGAUGUUCUCAUUUAUGUCUUUUGAAGCCGCAAGGACGUUCGUGUGCUUGUCCAAUUGGAAUAAAGCUAAGCAAGGAUGGAUUAACGUGUACAAACGGGCCUAUUAACUUUUUAAUAUUUGCUCACCGGGUAGACAUAAGAAUUGUGUCUUUGGAUGUACCUUAUCUCGUUGAUGUCGUUCUACCAUUACCAGCGUUAAAGAACGCACUCGGUGUCGACGUGGAUCAGAGAACUGGACUUAUUUAUUGGACUGACACUGGAGAAAGGAAGAUCAAACGCGCUAAUAAAGAAGGUAAACAGAAUGAGACUAUUAUUGAGCGAGGUCUACAUACUGCUGAUGGAAUCGCUAUUGAUUCUGCAGGGAGAAAGAUAUACUGGACUGAUGGAGGACGCAACAGUAUCGAAGUAGCAGAACUUGAUGGAAUGAAUAGAAAAGUUCUCGUGUGGACUGGACUGGAUUCACCUCGAGCUAUAGCAUUGCAUUAUGAAUAUGGAUACAUGUUUUGGUCUGACUGGGGAACAUCAGCAAAAAUAGAAAGAGCAGAUAUGGAUGGCAAAAAUAGAAAAAUCAUUGUGGAGCACGAUAUUAAAUGGCCGAAUGGACUCGCAAUCGACAGAAUCGAAGGUCGUCUUUACUGGAAUGACGCAAAAAUGUUGACAAUUGAAAGUUCUGAUUUUAAUGGACAUGACCGCAGAACGCUUUUAAAAGAAGUAUCUUAUCCCUAUGGUAUCGUAAUUGUGGGUCAACAUAUUUACUGGACUGAUUGGAAGACUAAAGCUCUUCAUAGAGCGGAUAAAUCGAAUGGUCAAGAACAACUUACAAUACGCGAAAACCUCGAAGGACUCAUGGAUAUAAGAGCUAUACAGGGAGAUCAUAUAUUAGAAAAUGCGUGUGGUAAAAGGAAUGGCGGAUGUUCUCACCUUUGUCUACGUUCACCUCAAGGUUAUACUUGUGCUUGUCCCACUGGCUUACUAUUUGAAAAUGAAACAGAAUAUAAUCCUAAGAUCUGCAAGAAACACCCAGAUAAUUUCUUAGUAUUUGCUGCAAGAGGAAGUAUGGCUAUGAUUUCAUUAGAUACUCCAGAGCAAUGGGAUGUGACUCUCCCUGUGAAAAAUAUUCAGAAUUCAGUUGCAGUUGAUUAUCAUUGGGAGAAAAAAUUGAUCUUUUUCACUGAUGUAAACAGAAAUGUUAUCAGAUCUAUCAAUAUGGAAAACAUGAGUGAAUCUAAGGACAUAAUAAAUACAGGAAUCGACACACCAAAUGGCCUUGGAGUGGACUGGAUCGCUAAUAAUAUUUAUUGGACUGAUAAUGAUUUUAAGGUAGUUGAAGUAGCAAGAUUGGAUGGUUCCUGCAGAAAAACACUAAUAUCCGGAUUAACUGAGCCCAGAGCACUCGCAUUGUUCCCAGCUAAAGGGUAUUUGUAUUGGAGCGAUUGGGGUGAGAGUCCAAACAUUGAAAGAUCGGUAUUAGAUGGCAGCCAACGAAAAAUUAUUGUUAAUCACGACCUGGGCUUUCCAAAUGGCAUCACUAUCGAUUAUAAAGAUAGAAGAUUGUAUUGGACUGACGCUUUAAAAGACAGAAUUGAUACUUCCGAUUUGAAUGGACAGCAUAGAGUGCAGUUGGUUCCUGAAGCUAAGAAUCCAUUUGGCAUGACUCAAUUCAAUGAAUACAUAUAUUGGACUGAUUGGUAUAAAAAGUCAGUAAUGAGAGCUGACAAAAGAACAGGUAAAAACGUGACGGCGAUUCGAACAGAUUUGGAAAUGGUGAUGGAAAUAAAAGCCGUAUCCUCUGAAAAACAACACGGAUGGAACCCUUGCAAAGAAGACAAUGGGGGAUGCUCACAUCUCUGUUUAUUUAGAGGUCACGAUUAUAUAUGCGCUUGUCCAGAUGCGAUUGAUGAUAGAAGUUGUUCAAAGAAACCAAAACUGCGAGUAGGGCUCGAAAUGCCGAAUAACUACCCAUCGUUCUACGACUACUCGGAUGUAGAAAUCUCCAACAACCAGGCGACCUCACCUACUGUCAUCUCAAAUACUAACACUGGCACUAUAAUUAUUGCACUCACGGCAACCGCUUUAGUUCUUUUCAGUGUUAUGGUUACUACCUUAAUAUGCAUGAAAAUACGCAAAAAACGCGAAGGAGAAAGGAAAGAGAGCUACAGGGAAGCGAGCGGCCAUAUCUCCUUCCACAAUCCAAACUAUAGCUCCUCGAUAUUCAAAUACGACAAGAGCCAGGGUCGGGUGACGAACUUGUACAUCGCGGAGGGCACGAGCCUGCUGCCGCCGCCGCCGCCGCCGCCGCACCGCCUGCCGCCGCGACCGGACCACGACGACUUCGAACCAGUCACCCUACACCCAUUCGCUUGA